UGAAGUGAUUGCGGUGCCUGGGGACUGAGAGCUCUACUCCACUCUAUAGUCAGGUAUGAUCCACACACAAAUGUCUCCAUUACCAGCCUGUGACACCGGAGCAGCCACUGCACACCUCUAGUCUGCAGGAACCAGUGCCAGCACCAGGCUCUCCCAGCAUCGGGGAACCUUACAGAGGAAAGCUCCGAUUUCCCUUAAAGACAGAGGAAAAACCCCUAUCCUGCCUUUCCUGGGAUUCGGGAGUUGAUGUAACAUGUCAUAUCCUCAGUUUGGCUAUCCAUACUCCUCCACACCUCAGUUCUUGAUGACCACCAAUUCAUUGUCAACCUGCUGUGAAUCAAGUGGAAGGACCCUGUCAGAUACAGCUGCUGCAGCCUCUGCCCAGACCCCAGUCUAUUGUCCUGUGUAUGAGAGCAGGCUGCUGGCCACUGCUAGGCAUGAGCUCAACUCUGCAGCUGCUUUAGGAGUUUAUGGGAACCCCUACACAGGAUCCCAGGGCUAUGGAAACUAUGUUACAUAUGGCACUGAUGCUUCUGCCUUCUAUUCCCUGAACACAUUUGACUCAAAGGAUGGUACCGGAUCUGCGCAUGCGGGUAUUGCCCAGACUGCUGCUUACUAUCCUUAUGAUCAUACCCUGAGCCAGUACCAAUAUGACAGGUAUGGGACUAUAGAUGGAGGUACACGCAGGAAGAAUGCUACUCGUGAAACCACCAGCACCUUGAAGGCCUGGUUACAGGAGCACAGGAAGAACCCUUACCCCACCAAGGGGGAGAAGAUCAUGCUGGCCAUCAUCACCAAGAUGACCCUCACCCAGGUCUCCACGUGGUUUGCCAAUGCCAGGAGGAGGCUCAAGAAAGAGAACAAGAUGACCUGGCCACCAAGAAACAAAUGUUCUGAUGAGAAAAGACCUUAUGAUGAAGACGAGGAAGAUGAAGAAGACGAUUCAAAGGACAUGAAGAACGAGAAGAAAAUAGAGGAAACUACCGGAAGAGAAGACAAAGACCUAGACCUCAGUGACCUUGACGACUUCGAUACAAUAGAGUCUGAAAGCUCUGAAUGUGAGUUGAAACAACCUUUUCACCACCAGUCCCAACAAGAAGGACACCAAAUGCGGACCAGAGAUUGUGCCAGUGACCACUGCAAAGAUGUUAUUCUGAAGAUGCCAUUAGCAGUUUCUUCCGUAGACCAAGAGAUGGACAGGGCUAAGAAUUGUCUAAAAAGUGUGGUAGAUGAAUGUGACCAGGACUUGAUGAGGGUAAGACAAAGAGGCUGUGACUCCAAACUGUGCUUUCAGCAGCAAAGUCAACUGCUUGAGUCCAAACCAAGAAUAUGGUCUCUGGCUCACACGGCCACUUCUUUAAAUCAAACUGAAUAUCCAUCCUGCAUGUUAAAACACCAAGGGGUGUCCUCUCCAUCUUCAUCCUCCUCCUCCUCUUCGUCUUCAGCUGUAUCCACCCCAGUUUGUGUUAUUGACAGGCGGCAGGAUUCCCCUGUAACGAGUCUCAGAAAUUGGGUUGAUGGAGUUUUUCACGACCCCUUGUUCAGACACAGUACUUUGAACCAGGCCCUCACCAACACCACCGUUUCUUGGGCCACCACCAAAGGAACCAUUCUUGAAGCCGGUUCUUUAGGACGCUCUGUUGGGAACCAUACUAACAUGACUAAAGGACAGGACAAUAAUAAGGAAUUUAUUACAUUUCCCAAGGCUGGGAGCAAAAUGUUCUGCUCAUAACAUAUUAUAAAGUAGUUUAUGAAUAUAUGAGACUUUCUAGCAGAGGAUAUAACAACAAAUGGGGUUUCCUGUAAUCCCAAUCAAAGGACUGAUGUUUCGGAUUAAGUUCAUUCAUUCAUCUUUGUUUAAAUUAUCUUUUCUUAAGAAGUCUCAGUGUUGUGACAAUUAUUUAUAUUGAUGUCUAAAGCACGGACUAUGCUAUGUGUUGGAGUUAUUGCUGUUUACAAACCAGAAGUUUACAAAGACAACAAAAAGUUAGAAGUCGAGGUUCUAUCCUAUGAACAGCAUGCUAGAAUAGUAAACGAGCCAUCCAGAAGAUUUCUUUGUUUAGUGAUUCACAAACGGCACUGCUUUCAAGUUUACACAAUGCACAUAUGUUGGAUGUACAGAAAUGGCAUUUCUAUUUGUUCACUCCAAUAAAUGGUCUGUUUCA